AGUGUGAAUGUAAGUGAACCAGAUCUUAGGACUGUGACCCUUGAUAGCUCAAGGGAGGACAGAGGUCUGACCUUCUAGCACUGAGACCACCAACUGGGAUGCAGCUUUUCUGUGUGAGCAUCAAGACCCUUCUUCUCUCAGUUCUGCUUCCCUGGCCAGGUGCAGGGCAAUUUCAUGUGAUAGGACCAAGAGCACCAGUCAUUGCUGUGGUUGGGGAGGAGGCUGUAUUGUCCUGUCACCUCAGCCCAUCAAUGGAUGCUCAAGACAUGGAGGUGACAUGGUACCGAAAUGAUCUUUCAGGCCUGGUACACCAAUAUAGGACUUCCCAGGAUCAUUUGGAGCACCAGAUACCAGAGUACCAAGGGAGGACAGAGUUCCUGAAGGACAAUAUUACCAAAGGGCAUGUUGCCCUAAGGAUCCACCCCAUCCGACCUUCAGAUGGAGGGGAGUAUGGGUGUUUCUUUGAAAGCUCCACAUUCUACAGUGAAGUACAAUUUGAAAUGUUGGUCACAGUCUCAGGUAUGGCUCCUCAUAUUCACAUUGAGCCUGGCAAUAACAGAGACAUUAAGAUGACCUGCAUAUCCACUGGGUGGUUUCCAGAGCCUGAGAUACAAUGGAAGGACCCUCAAGGAUUGCACUUGGCACCAGCCUCUGAGACAAAGAGAAUAGAAGAAAAUGGACUGUUUCAUGUGGAAUCAUCUAUCACAAUGGAUAGAAGUUCAAGAACAGAAGUAUCUUGUGUUAUAAGGAACCUAAUACUCAGUGUGGAGAAGGUGGUGCUUGUCUCCAUGGCAGAUGCCUUGUUCCCCAAGGAUUCUCUUUGGGCAAUGUGGCUUACUCUUGUCCUGUUUCUCCUAGCUGUUGGUGCAACCAUCUGUCUUCUACUUGUGCGUGCUAGAAAAUCCAAAGGUAAACUCCAGGAAGAAUGUGACCUCUUAAUUGAACAGAAAGAAGAAGAGAAUGGUAAACUCCAGGAAAAAUAUGCAAAACUAGAAGAAGAGAAAGGUAAACUCCAGGAAAAAUAUGAAAGAAUAAAACUCCUGGGAGAAGAAGGAUUGAAGUUUCUUCGACUGUAUGCAGAAAAUGUUACCCUGGAUCAAGACACAGCUCACUCAAAUCUCCAAAUUACUGAAGACAAGAGAAGGGUGAAAAGAGUCGAUAUCUCUUGGAAACUACCCAGAGAAAGGAAUCCAUUAAAUAAGCUAUUCCGGGUUUUAGGUCAGCAAUGUUUUUUCAAAGGUAGACACUACUGGGAAGUGAGUGUGAAGAAUAAAUUAAACUGGACUCUAGGCAUUUGUAAAGCUUCUGUCUGCAGACAGGGAGAAAUCAUGCUGUCCCCAAAGACCGGAUUCUGGACACUAUGCUUUAAGAGAAGCAAUUGCUACCAAGCUCUUGAAAAUCCACAGAUAACACUUGACCUUGAGGAAUCUCCUGAGAUUAUUGGUAUCUUUCUUGAUUAUGAGGCUGGGAGAGUCUCCUUUUAUAAUGUUACAAACCUGUCUCAUAUCUACACUUAUAAAAACUGCUUCAGUGACCCCCUGAGACCAUAUUUCUGUCCUGGCCCCAACGACCAAGGUGAAAAUGAAUAUUCUCUGACCAUCCUGCCAUUAGGUAAUAUUAAAAAACCCAGAAGAAGAUGUUCUAUUUGACUGAGGAAAAAGUGCCUUAUUUUAAAUCAACUGAAAUUUGGAUUUAUAUAUCUAAUGUAUAAAUAUUAUAUGCAAUAUAAUAUAUAUAAUUUUAGAAUUCAAAUGGUGUUCUUCCUUCAAAUAAAUCUAAAAAAACACUUUGAUGUUAUAAAUUACACUUCUAAAAAAUUUUCUUUGUCUUUUUUUUUUUAAUUUUUUAACAUUCAUAUAUUUUUGAGACAGAGAAAGAGAGAGCCAAGAAGCAGCAGAGAGAG